AUGGUUUCCUGCUGUAGCAUGGCAGGCAAGGUGGCGAGCUGCGCCGGCGCGCCGGUGGCCUUCACGGCGAAGGCGGCUGUCUCGUCUACUCCUACGCAGAUUUCCUCUCCUUUUGGAAACAGCCUGGAGGCGGCCGAGCAGUUGUCAUAUAGAGAGAUGAUCGGUGGCGCCGCCAACGCGGAGGUCUCUGGCCUCGGUAUCGUUGACUUUCUCAGGGGAAAGUGCCUUCUUGUGACCGGCGGCACAGGCUUCCUUGGCAAAGGUCGCCGUGCUCUCUUUCUCUGUCUGUCCUUCCGUCUAUCUAUCCUCUCUCAGUAGAUUUCAUCCAUGCUUUAACCUUCUUCUUUUCCUCCAGUUCUCAUCGAGAAGAUCCUCCGAGUUGCACCAGACGUCGGCAAUAUCUACUUGCUCAUCCAGGCUAAGAACAAAGAAGCUGCAAUGCGUAGACUCAAGUCUGAGGUAUGUACUCCACGCAAAUAUCAGAGUCUCUCUCUCUCUCUCUCUCUCUAAUUUGUCUAGUUUUCCUCUCUUUCAGGUCAUCAACUCCGAACUGUUCAGGCUCCUCCGGGAAAUCCAUGGCGAGGGCUACCAAGCUUUCAUGGAGCAGAAGCUGGUUCCCGUUGCCGGAAACGUCAGGCAACCCGACCUCGGAAUCUCGCUGGAGUCGAUCGACGAGAUCGUCGCCGCCGUCGAUAUCAUCGUCAACUCGGCUGCGAACACCACCUUCGACGAAAGGUAGAAAUAACAGCACGAUAUCAGAAUCUAUGAUGGUAGUCAUAAACCUAUCGUUCAAUCUUCUCGUUGAGUCUAUAAACCUCCUCAAAUACCCCGCUGAUUCUCUUCCACAGAUACGACGUUGCGCUGGAUAUAAACACAGUCGGUCCGUGCAGACUGAUGAGCUUGGCGAGGAGGUGCGAGAAAGUCGAGCUCUUCCUCCAAGUCUCCACAGGUGACUUCUCAGAAAGUCAAAUCCCCCGGUCCAGCUCUCCUCCCUCCCAUCUCACCUCUCUCUCGGUGCAGCCUACGUGAAUGGGCAGAGGCGAGGCAAGAUCCUCGAGAAGCCCUUCUCCAUGGGGGACACCAUCGCCUCGGAGAUGGUCGACACGCCGAAGUCAACUCCGAAGCUCGACGUCAAAGCAGAGCUAAGGCUGGCCGCCGAGUCCGCGGCGGCGACUUUUCCGGUCAACGAUCUGGCUCAGGAGAUGAAAAACCUGGGGCUGGAGAGGUGAGGCGCUCGUAUUCUUCCCGUCUUAUCUGCGGGUUUAGGGUUUCUGAGAGGAGAGCUUUCUGGACAGGGCGAGGAUCCACGGAUGGCAGGACACGUACGCCUUCACCAAGGCCAUGGGGGAGAUGGUCGUUAACAGCAUGAGAGGAGAUAUUCCCGUCGUCACCAUCCGCCCCAGCGUCAUUGAGAGUACUUACAGAGAACCCUUCCCCGGGUGGAUGGAAGGAAACAGGUCUCUACUCACUGGGACAACAUCUCUCUCUCUCUAUCGUCAGCGUUGACAGAGAAACUUCCUCUCCGCUUGUCCACAGGAUGAUGGACCCAAUCAUUCUCUACUACGGGAAGGGGCAGCUGACCGGAUUUCUCGCUGACCCAGAAGGAGUUCUCGACGUCGUAAGAGCUCAAUUGAAACCACGUUCUCUCUUUCUCUCUCUCUCUCUCUCUCUCUCUCUCUCUCCUACCCUCUCUCUUCAUCCCGCGCAGGUUCCGGCGGACAUGGUGGUCAACGCCAUGCUGGCGACCAUGGCGAAGCACGGCGGGGGGAGAGGCCCAGGGGUGCACGUCUACCACAUGGCAUCAUCAGUAGUCAACCCUCUGGUCUUCAGCGAGCUCGCGGCGUCCCUCUUCGACCACUUCAGCGCCUCCCCUUACGUGGACGCCACGGGGCGGCAGAUUCAAGUCGACAGGAUCAAGCUCUUCCUCGACGCCGACGACUUCUCCUCUCACAUGGCGGCGGACGCCGCCGACAGGAGUCAACGGGCGGCGCUGAAAUCCUCCUCCCACUCGGAAGCCCUCUCCCUCAGGCUCAAGCACAUAUCCAAGAAGUCUCUGGCGCAGGCCGAUCACUUGGCCAAAAUUUACAGCCCCUACACAUUCUACGCCGGAAGGUGAGAGAAGAGGAAAUGGGAGUUUUUUUGACUUUUUGACGCGGAAAUGAGUGACGUGGAGAUUGACCGAAUGUAAACGUUGACUCCGUGGGAGCACGCAGGUUUGACAACACGAACACCACCAAGUUGCUGGAGGAGAUGUCCGAGGAGGAGAGGAGGGCAUUCGGCUUCGACGUGGGGGCAGUCCGGUGGAAGGACUACAUCUCCACCGUCCACAUCCCCGGGCUCAGGCGGCACGUGAUGAAAGGCAGAGGGGGCCAGGUCAGCGGAUGA